UUAUAAAUAUAUGGAGAGCUGAACAGUAAAAGACGCCAAAGCGCCAAUUGUGAUUUGUUUCGACUGCUGCCGUACUCUGUAACGUCACUGUAAAUUUUAUCACUAAAAUGACGAUUAAUUUAAUAAAUUUAGUAGAAAAAAAUUUGCGUACAUACAUAAAAUAGUGGUUCUAGUUUGAUAAAUUCAAGUAAAUGAAACUUAUUGUUUGAAGAAUGUUGCAAGUUAAAAUGUACUAAUCGGUAAUACAUUCAAUCUAACUAUUGGCUUUUGACUUUUAAGCAACGAAAACCACCAAGUUAAUAACAACUCAUACAAUAAACAUUUUUAAAUAAUCGAACUUGUAUAAACGUUUAGAAAGUUGCUUUAAUUAUUUAUUCUGUGACUUGAUGAAUGCUCGAAUGGGCGUGCAGCAGCACGCACGUGUCGAAAUAUUAGAGUUUCUUCAGAGUGAAUAUGCAUUUAGUUAAAAACAGUGACGAUGAAAAUUAUUCAAAACGUGUGUGUAAAAUUAAUGCAAUUGAUUGUUUUCAUGUAAACAGUAAAAAUUUUUGUGAACAGAACGAUAGGACAGUUUCUUGUUCUACAAAGUCAAAUUCUAAUGGUGAUGAUGAACGUGUUAAAUCAAUUGUGCACCACACAGAUACAGAGGCAUCUUCACCUAUUAGUACAGAAGAUGAUUUAAGUAGCUCAGAUGCUGAUCACUCUAAUACAUCUGUUAACAGUAAAACAUUUUCGUUAGGAAAUAAAAACUUGAGUUCUAAUCGAAAACGUCGAGGAAACUUACCUAAGCAGUCUGUUAAAAUUUUGAAGAAGUGGCUUUAUGAACAUCGAUACAAUGCUUACCCAAGUGAUACAGAAAAAUUAACUCUAAGUGAAGAAGCAAAUCUCACAGUCUUGCAGGUAUGCAAUUGGUUUAUUAACGCCAGGAGAAGAAUUUUACCAGAAAUGAUAAGAAAAGAAGGUAACGAUCCACACAAAUAUACAUUAUCUCGACGUAACAAGAAAGUAUCAAGUGCUGACUAUCCAUUCCACACAAAUUGUAAUGAUAACUGGGAGUUAUCCAGGGCCAGUCCUAUAUAUAACGAAAAUCUGUCAUUUCAGUUGCCUUCUAAAUACAAUAAUAAGUGCUCAACUCAAGAAAAUUCAGUGUAUUGGAAAACUUUUGAUGAAACCACGUACAGUGCACCAAUAAGCGCUAAUGGUCACAGGAACGAAAAUGAAAUGACAUAUGCAACUUCUACACCAACAUCGCCCAUUAAAGAUAAAGAUAAAUUCGAACGCUUAUACAUACUAGUUGAUGCAGCGGUUGCCAUUCAAAACCAAGAACAAAAAAGGAAGAAACUUUUUAACUGAUUAAAUAAGUAAAAAAUCUUUAAAAU